AUGAAUCUCGCGAAGUGGAAGACAAAUUCGAAGGAGGUGGACGACCACUUACUCAGCAAUGGCGUCAAACCAGACGAAUUCGAUUCGACAGCGUCGGGGUUCUUGAAAGUUCUAGGCAUCUCCUGGUGCCCGUCACAGGAUGUCUUAUUGUUUACGACACCUGCCUCGUUUGACGGUCUGGAACUCGAAAGCGCUCUGACAAAACGUCGAGUACUGAGCUUGGUGGCAUCUAUAUUCGACCCUUUGGGUUGGCUCACCCCGUUCACCCUCCGUGCGAAAAUGAUCAUCCAGCAACUUUGGGCCAUCGACCUCAAGUGGAACGACACGAUUCCGGACAGAAUCCGUGAGGAGUUCCGCGCGUGGAUGUCAGAGGUCGGAUCCCUCAGCGAGAUCAAACUGCGGCGACGGUACAGCAACAUAUCGAGAACGCCGAGCGCCUACCUGCUGCAUUCGUUCGGAGAUGCCUCGCAGACGGCGUAUUCCUGCGCAUCCUACAUCGAAAUACAAUACUCGGAUGGACCAUCCGACUUCGCUCUCGUGAUGACAAAAUCAAGACUGGCUCCACGUGACUCACCAUCCUUGCCUCGGCUCGAGCUCCUUGCGGCUCUGAUCGCCGUCCGCCUGAAAAGGUUUCUGACUGAAAGAAUGAACGUCAAAUUCGAACGAGCCCUGUUUUACACCGAUUCGACGAUUGCCUAUCACUGGGCCACAUCUUCGAAUCCCGGAUGCUGGAAACAAUUCGUCAGCAACAGGGUGCGUGAGAUCCAGGCGGACUCCCGACCAGAGGAUUGGUUCCAUCUGAAGGGCAACUUCAACAUCUCAGACCUGGCGACUCGACUAGUUUCGGCCGCUACACUUAUUCAAGACCAGGAGUGGUGGUACGGCCCCAGCUGGCUACGUCUGCCGAGGGAGCGAAGGCCCCUUUCUCAACCACAACGCGAGUCCGUAGCCCUAGACCCUGUUAGUAAAGAGAUGCGAGGCGUGCUCGCGGUUGUCACCACAAUGGAUCCGGUGUUGAAGAUCGAGCGAUUCAGCACGGCCUGUCGAGCGACUCGAGUGCUCGCGCACGUGCUGCGUUUCGCACAUAUCGCUCGUCGAAGACCAGUCCCCACACGGAGAGGACUUUAUCGUCACGCCGAGUCCAUCCUCAUCCGGUGGUGUCAGGAGCGGUUUCUCUGCCAGGAGAUCUCAUCGGUCCGAGUCGGCGAGAAGGUCCCCAGCGGCUCAAAGCUGGCAGCGUACAAGCUCUUCAUUGGCGACGAUGGGCUUCUUCGAAUCGAAACGCGUCUCAGAGCUGCUCCCCACCUCACUUACGACGAAAGAAACCCCGUCGUCGUUCCAGGAGAGUCGCGACUGGCGAAAUUGCUCGUCGUUGACGCUCACCGUAUCAACGCCCAUUUUGGCGUGAACACGAUCCUCAAUAUCCUCCGCAGAAGGUUCUGGAUCACCCGCGGCCGUCAAGUCAUAAGGGCUGUGCUCCGUCAGUGCGUCGUGUGUCGCAAACGUCACGGUGGAUCGGCCGAGCAGAUCGAGGCACCAUCACCCGAGUCCCGGUCGACCUUGCAGGCGCCGUUCGCAGUCGCUGGCGUCGACUUCUGCGGACCGUUCUAUACAAAACAGAGAGCGGAAACCUUCAAAUCGUAUGUGGCGUUGUUCACGUGUACGGCAACGCGCGGAAUCCACCUUGAGCUUGUCCCUUCGCUAUCGACCCCACAGACUCAUCUCGCAAUUCGACGGUUCCUGUCAAUCUACCCGGCGUGUCAUCACUUCAUAUCGGACAAUGGGACAAGCUUUGGCAAGGCGGCUACAGAAAUCAAAAGGCUGUUCAACUCAACGAGGGAUCCUGAGGUUCUGGAGAUCCUCGACGGUCGCUCCGUCGAUUGGAGUUUUAACUGUCCCCGCGCUCCAUGGCGUGGCGGCUUCUUCGAGCGUUGUGUCGGCAUAGUGAAGUCGGCCCUCGCCAAGACACUCGGCAAAACGCUCAUAGGGUACGAAGAAUUCCGGACCAUUCUCUGCGAGCUUGCUGCAACUGUGAACGAUCGUCCGAUUUCUCAUGUGGACUCUGGUGGCGAUUGGUUCGCAUACUGGCUGCUCAUCCGGGUCGCGAUGGCGAGACCCGCACAUAUACUGUAA